AUGAAGUUAAAUGAGGAGCCAAAUACUCUCAACUUCCAUCUAGGAUCUUCAGAAAAAGCCUCCCUCAAUGAUAGUAGCAGAAAUCCCAUCAAGUCUCAAAAGGCGAACAAAGCAAGUAGGGUGAAGGCAACCGUAAGUGGGCAAAGUGAAAAGGUAGCAAACGGGGAGAAAUCUAUGUAUGAACAUCAAUUGGAGAUCGAUAAUAAUCAGUUUGUUAAAACUUUGUCUUGGAAUUGCCAGGGUCUAGGUCAUAAAAACACUAGACAGCAACUAGAAAAUUUGGUCCUCUCCCAAAACCCCGACAUAUUAUUCCUCUCUGAAACCAAACAAUUGAAGCCCUUUGUUGAAAAAACUCUAAAUAAAUAUUUGUAUUAUAAUUGUGUGUGUCAUGAUCCUGUUGGUAGUGCUGGUGGUUUGGCUGUUUCUUGGGAUAUUUCUUAUAAGGAUAGCAGAAAAGAUAACUCUUGGAAAUUGGUUAACCAGAUGGGUGAAAACAUGAAUAAACCUUGGUUAGUUUUAGGAGACUUGAAUGUUAUUCUUAAUAAGGAAGAGAAAAGAGGUAGUAAUCCUGCCAAUAGCUCUGAUAUUAGAAAGUUUUCUGCCAUGUUCAAUAAUCUUGGAUUAAAGGAUAUUGGUUUUCUUGGAUUUCCAUUCACUUGGUCUAAUCACCAGGAGGGAGAUAAACAUAUAGAAGAAAGACUUGAUAGAGGAAUGGAAAAUGGGCAAUGUAUUAUCCAAUUCCCAAAUGCUAGCCUGAGACAUCUAAAUCAUUCUGGGUCUGACCACUCUGCUAUUUUGAUGAAUACUUUAUUCAUUGUCAAAAUGGUUUCAAGCCUUUUAAAUUCUUUGGCCUUUAUCAGGAAGAGCAGAAUUGUAGGGACAUAA